AUGCCAUGCAAUCCAAUGAAGAGGGGCACAAUUUUUGGAUGCUUACUUCGCAGGUGUGUUUCUAUGCGGCCUAUGGCACGACAGGUUUGGCGGCGGAUCGGUUCUGAACCGUUCCAAUCGUACGGGGAGCCUGGUAGCACCCGGGCCAAGCAGACAUCUUGGUUCAGGGCUGCCAAAUUGCUGGUAAAUCAUCUUUUAAGCCCCGUGUGGGAAGAUGCCAAAGGGAGCCGGGGACGUUUGGUGGCCGUGUGCGAGUCUUGUGCUGGACCGCGUGGACAGGUGUGGUUUGCAGCCGUCAACUUCGUCGGUGAUGAGGCCUACCAUCCCCUGGACUUCUUCUCCAACAAGAUGAGAACCAGGCCAUACUGGUACCUUGCAGUGGUUGCUGCCACAGGUGGGCUGCUAGGCCUUGACAUGGCCAGCGGCUAUUUGGAGGAGCUGUCCAAUGCUCUGCCAGAGUUGGUGGUUUGUACCAACCUCCAGGGCUUUGUGUUGGUGGGCACGAUGAUGUUUUCUGAGUCAGCUGGCGCAGCCAUGGUUACCAUGCUGGCCCACAUGAUUGUAACAAAAGGAUUUGUCGUUGUUAUUACUAUUCCGACUGCACCCUUCAUGCCGGGAGCCGUGUACUCCAAUGCCUACUUCAUGAUGUACAUCUUCUUCGUCUUCUUCCUCAAG